AUGAGGGGAAAUCAACUGCCCAAUCCAGUCUUGAUUCUCCUUUUCCUGCUCCUUCCCAGAGAUGCUUCAGCUACUUCAAAACCGCAGUACCUGGUGCUGGUCCCAUCACAGCUCUACGCUGGGGUUCCUGAGAAGGCCUGUGUCAUGCUUAAUCACCUGAAUGAGACAGUGACACUGAGUAUAACUCUGGAGUAUGGCAUGCAGGGCAGGAACCUCCUCACAGACCUGGUGACAGAGAAUUCCUUCUACUGCAGCCCUUUCCUUAUUACAGAGUUGCCAUCUUCUUCAGCGUUCAUUACUGUGCAGGUGAAAGGGCCAACCCAGCAGUUCAUAAAGAGGAAGCCAAUGCAGAUAACAGAAGUAGAGAGCCUCGUCUUUGUCCAGACAGACAAGCCCAUCUAUAAACCAGGACAAACAGUGAGAUUCCGCAUUGUCUCUGUGGAUGUCAGUUUUCAUCCUUUGAAUGAAACGUUCCCAGUGGUUUACAUUGAGAAUCCCAAGAGGAGUCGAAUUUUCCAAUGGCAAAGUCUCAAAUUGCAAGGGGGAUUUAGCCAGCUCUCUUUACCACUCUCAGCGGAGCCCACUCUGGGUACCUACAAAGUCGUGCUGCAGAAGGAGUCAGGGAGAAGAAUAGAACACCCCUUUGACGUGAAUGAGUAUGUUUUGCCUAAAUUUGAAGUCCAAGUGAAAAUGCCCAAGGCAAUUGGUUUUCUAGAGGAAGAAUUUUCUGUAUCCGCCUGUGGCCUAUACACAUAUGGAAAGCCUGUCCCUGGUCUGGUGACAAUUAACAUAUGCAGAAAAUAUUCACGAUACCAUUCCAACUGCCAUGGAAUACAUUCACAAAGUAUCUGUGAAGAAUUCAGUCAACAGGCAGACAAUAAAGGCUGUUUCACACAACUCGUAAAGACUAAAAUAUUUCAGCUGAGACAAAAAGGGUAUGACAUGACAUUACAAGUGGAAGCCAAGGUCAGAGAGGAGGGAACAGGGUUGGAAUUAACUGGGCAUGGAUCAUGCGAAAUCACAAAUACCUUAAGCAAACUGAAAUUUACAAGAGUGGAUUCACAUUAUAGACGUGGGCUACCUUUCUUUGGGCAGGUUCUUCUAGUAGAUGAGAAGGAUCAGCCAAUCCCCAAUGAAACAAUAGUUGUUGCUGUGGGUACAAAUAUGUACCAUUCCAGCUUUACUACUAAUGAGCAUGGUUUGGUGGACAUUUCCAUUGAUACCACCAACUUCACAUCUUCUUUCAUUACAGUUAUGGUGACUUACAAACAGAAUAAGCACUGUUUUGAUAACUGGUGGCUUGAAGAAUUUCAUACACAAGCACAGCACACUGCAAAGCAUAUUUUCUCCCCGAGCAAGAGUUAUGUUCACCUUGAACCUGUAGCUGGUACUAUGACCUGUGGGCAAACCCAGGAGAUCCGGGCACACUACAUCCUGAAUGGACAGAUUCUGAAGGAGGAAAAAGAGUUAACCUUCUAUUAUUUGAUCAAAGCAAGAGGAAGCAUUGCCCAAUCAGGAAUCUAUGUGUUGUCCAUUGAACAAGACAUGAAAGGGGUAUUUUCCUUCUCUUUUCAAGUGGAAUCAUACAUUGCUCCUACGGCUCAGUUGCUUGUUUAUACUAUUUUACCUAAUGGAGAAAUUGUUGCAGAUGCUGAGAAACUCGAGAUUGAAAAUUGUUUUGCCAAUAAGGUAAAUUUGAGCUUCUCCUCAGCCCAGGGCCUGCCAGCCUCAGACACCAACCUGAGGGUCACAGCCACUCCUCACUCCCUCUGUGCCCUCCGUGCAGUAGACCAGAGUGUUCUGCUAAUGAACCCUGAAGCCGAGCUCUCACCUCAAUCAGUCUAUAAUUUGCUCCCAGGAAAGAGUCUCCUUAGCAUUAGAUAUGUCGGUCCCAUGAAUGAAGAUGGUGAAAAAUGCAUCCAUGCAGAAGACAUAACUCACAACGGAAUCAUUUACACACCAAAGAGGAUCCUGGAUGAUGAUGAUGAUGCUUACAGCAUCUUUGAGUCUAUAGGAUUAAAUAUUUUUACCAACUCAAAGAUCCACAAGCCACAUUUUUGUCAGCUGCCUCAGGCGUACCCAGGAGUGCCUAUGGCCUAUGUGGGAGGUAAGGUUCCACAAGGUUUAGCUCUAGCACAUGGUCCUAGAGCAGGUUAUCCAAUGACAAGGAGAGAAGAGUUUCCGGCCACGGAAGUGAAAGAGACCAUCCGGAAGUAUUUCCCUGAGACUUGGAUCUGGGACUUAGUGCCACUUGAUUCAUCAGGUGGAAGUGAGUUGGCAAAGCAGGUCCCUGACACCAUCACGGAGUGGAAGGCCAGCGCACUCUGCUUGUCCGAAUCUACAGGGCUUGGCCUCUCACCCAUCAUCUCUUUUCAAGCCUUCCAGCCCUUCUUCCUGGAACUCACUCUCCCCUACUCUGUGGUGCGAGGAGAGGCCUUUACACUCAAAGCCACUGUCUUCAACUACUUAUUCCACUGCAUUCGGGUCACCGUGCAGCUGGAGGUCUCUCCUGCCUUCUCGGCCAUCCCAGUAGAGAAGAAUGAAGACUCUCACUGUGUCUGUGGAAAUGGGCGGAAAACUGUGUCCUGGGCUGUGACCCCAAAGUCACUGGGAAAGGUGAAUUUCACAGCUACUGCGGAAGCCCUGCAGUCUCUGGAAUUGUGUGGCAGUGAGGUGCCUGAGGUCCCAGCACUUGGACAGAAGGACACUGUAGUCAAGCCCUUGCUAGUUGAGCCUGAAGGAAUAGAAAAGGAGGAAACUUUCAACACACUCCUCUGUGCAUCAGAAACUGGAGUACCUGAAAAGUUGUCACUAAAUGUUCCUUCAAAUGUGGUUGAAGGAUCUGCCAGGGCGACAUAUUCAGUUUUGGGUGAUAUAUUAGGCUCUGCAAUGCAAAAUCUUCAGAAUCUUCUCAAGAUGCCCUAUGGUUGUGGAGAGCAGAAUAUGGUCCUUUUUGUCCCUAACAUCUAUGUUCUGAGCUAUCUGAAUGAGACACAACAGCUUACAGAGAAGAUCAAGUCCAAAGCCAUCAGCCACCUCAUCAGCGGAUACCAAAGACAGUUGAAUUAUAAGCACAGUGAUGGUUCAUACAGCACCUUUGGGGAUCGUGAUGGUAGAAGUCAGGCAAAUACUUGGCUCACUGCAUUCGUGCUCAAGUCCUUUGCGCAAGCCCGGUCAUACGUCUUUGUGGAGGACUCACACAUUUUGAAUGCUCUUACCUGGCUCUCACGGAAGCAAAAGGAAAAUGGUUGUUUCCAACGCUCUGGAUCCCUGCUAAACAACGCUAUUAAGGGUGGGGUGGAUGAUGAGGUGACGCUCUCUGCCUACAUCACCAUUGCUCUGCUGGAGAUGCCACUGCCUGUCACUCACCCAGUUGUCCGCAAUGCUCUAUUCUGCCUGGAAAAUGCCUGGAGAGCCACAUCAGAGGCCCAAGGAAGUCUUGUCUAUACCAAGGCAUUAUUAGCCUAUGCCUUCGCCCUAGCAGGAUACCAGGCCAAGCGAAGUGAGCUGCUUGAAUCACUAGACAAAGACGCUGUAAAAGAAGAGGACUCAAUCCACUGGCAACGUCCUGGGAAACUUCAAGAAGCUAAGGAACUCUAUCAUCAACCCAGGGCUCCUUCUGCUGAAGUGGAGAUGACAUCUUACUUGCUCCUUGCCUAUCUUACUGCCCAGCCUGCCCCAUCCUCAGAAGACCUGUCUGUGGCUUCACGUAUUGUGAAAUGGAUCACCAAGCAACAAAACCCCAAUGGGGGCUUCUCCUCCACUCAGGACACAGUGGUAGCUCUCCAAGCCCUCUCCAAAUACGGAGCAGCAACUUUCACUAAAAAGGAGAAAGCAGCUACCGUCACUGUCAAGUCUUCAGAGACUUUCUCUGAAGAAUUCCAAGUAGACGAUGCCAAUCGCCUAUUGCUGCAGGAGGUCGGGUUGCCAGACAUUCCGGGGGAGUACAACACAACAGUGUCAGGGUCGAGAUGUGUGUACCUCCAGACAUCCCUGAGAUACAACAUCAUGCCCAAGAAAGAAGGAAAAGUUCCCUUCAGCCUGAAGGUUGAUACUCUCCCCAAGAACUGCGGUGGAGUAGAUGCUCACAGGAAAUUCCAGAUUCAUAUCAACAUUAGUUAUACUGGGGAGCGACCCAGCUCCAACAUGGUCAUUGUUGACGUGAAGAUGGUAUCAGGCUUCAUUCCUGUGAAAACAUCAGUGAAAAAGCUCCAAGAAAGGCCUCAGAUUCGAAGGACUGAAGUGAGCACCAACCAUGUCCUGAUUUACUUUGAAGAGCUAACCAAUCAAACCCUGAGUUUCUCCUUCUCAGUGGAACAAGAUAUCCAAGUAAAGAAUUUAAAACCAGCCACUGUAAAAGCCUAUGAUUACUAUGAGACAGAGGAAUUCACCAUUGAAGAAUACAGUGAUCCCUGCAGUGUUGAAUCUGAACAUGUAAAUGCUUGAAAUUGCAAACCUAUCGACCUCAUCAGAUGAACUUCUCUGGAAAUGAAGAACAAAGACUUACCAGGAGAGAAGAUAGUUGGAGAAAGAAGGGACAAGAAUUGAAAAUACAUACA